GUGCCUGGCAGGCCGGCUUCCCCCAGCAGGUGGCACCGGGAGCCCAGGCGCGGCUCCGGCAGGGCCACCCGCGAGCCAUUGCGGCGCCCUGCGCAGCCAGCCGGCCAGCCUCGUCUCUCCGAAGCCGGCCGAGCGCGCCGCUGCCCUCCUUCUCCUCUUCCGCCGAGGCCCGGAGCUGGGCGCGGGGUUUGCCAGAGCAGCGCCCGAGGCGAAGUUUGGGCUGGAUGCGGCGGCGGGGAAGGCGCGGGUGGGGAAAAGUCCCGAGCCAAGUUGCCGGCGGGGCGCGCAGCAGAAGCCCCGGUGCGCCUCGGCCCGUGGAGCGCCGGGGCCGAUGAGAGCCCCGCAGCCGGCUCUGCCUCGCGCGGCGGCGGCGGCCCCCGGCCCUGGCCGCUCCCUCCCGCGGCCCCUCUGAGCCUCCUUCGUCCCUUCCUUCCUUCCUUUCUUCCUCCUUCUCCUCCGGCGCGCCAUGGAGUUCUCGGCCAGGAAGCGCAGCAGGAAAUCUCAGAGCUUCAAACUCAUCCAUCCAGAUUAUCACCAGGAGGUUUACAAGAUCGCCGACUACAGUAACGAUGUGAACGGCAAUUCCAAAGAAGCACAACCACUUUAUCUAGGAGACGAAAGUCGGGAGAUUAAAAAACAGAUUACAGGGAUGAGAAGAUUGUUGAAUGACAGCACCGGGCGAAUCUAUCCCAAAGAAGGAGAAAUGUUGAAGGAAGAACCCCAAGAUUGGGCCUGGACUCCGCGUCUGAAUCCUCCUGCAGACACCCAGGGACAUCUCCAUCCAUUGCCGAGCGGGACCUGGAAUGAGUUGUCUCCCCAGACCGGUCCCUAUUCCGGGCAGUACGGCACCCGUUCGAAAACCAGAACCAAGCCAGAACCGCAGCCAACAGCGACAAGUUCUAGCGGAAUCCCUGUGACUAACGCCUCCUCUGGAUCAAAUUGUUGCACUUGCAAUUGUCAACCAGCGCUUCAGGCCAUUCUUCAGGAGCUGAAGACCAUGAGGAAGAUCAUGCAGAUCCAAGCUGCAGCUGCUCAGAACCGACAACAGCCUUCCGUUCCUCCGGCUACCUUGCAGAAAUCCACCAUCUCAAGAAAGAGGAAUAAAAAGAAAAAAACGCCCCCAAAGACUCUUGAACCCCUUUCGGUGAAACAGAAGGCCGGGGCUGUCGCGAACGACAAGAAGUUAUCCCCAAAUUCUGACAGGCCGAGUGGGCCCACCGUCGCUGAAUCCUCCUCGAAAAUGGAGCCCCAGGUUUCAGGAUUCGGCAUCGUGCUCGAAUCUUCGUCUUUGGAUCCAGAAGUACAGCUUGCUGAAGGUUUUGACGUUUUCAUGCCUAAAUCACAACUGGACUCUAUAUUAGCAAAUUACACUCGCUCAGGGAGUCUCCUCUUUCGAAAACUGGUGUGUGCGUUUUUUGAUGACAAGACGUUGGCCAACUCUCUGCCGAAUGGCAAAAGGAAAAGAGGGCUCAAUGACAACCGGAAAGGACUAGACCAAAAUAUUGUGGGUGCAAUAAAAGUGUUCACAGAAAAAUACUGUACUGUAAACCACGUGGAUAAACUUCCUGGCCCGAGAGACUGGGUACAAAUUCUGCAGGAUCAAAUCAAACUGGCCAGAAGACGGUUGAAAAGAGGAUCAGCCGAGACGGCUGAUGGAGAUGAGAAACUGGACAUUUCUCUGCUAGAGGCAGGUUCCCUCCUCGAAGCCACGCCUUCUGCGCCAGUCUUUCAUUAGCGUGUUCCAACCUUGAUUCAAGAUGAUGCCAGGAACCUCUCUAGAUUACUUCACUAUCCGUGUUCUCCUGUUUCACGAUCUCCGAUCAAUUAUUAUUAUUUUUUCUCAUGCUUUCCUAACGUGGAUAAUAAUUAAGCGACGAAUCACUUUUCCUUUCGAUUGAAUCAGAAUAACUAGAUUUGUUCAGUAGAGAGGCUCUAGUGCAAUUAGUCUGGUAACCAAUGUGAUAGGAUGAAUUUUGAUUUUAUGGUGGCUUUUUCCCACAUCAAUACAUACUCGCUGGCUAUUCCAUUUACCUAGAAAAAAAAUGAAAAGUUAAAGUUUCCUCUUAAUCUUAGCAAGUAGCUCCUAACACCUCAAUUUCAUGUAGAGUUUUUGGUGCAGAAGUCAUGGGAUCAAAAAUAAAACUUCUAAGACA